UCUAGCAACCUCGUUCCUCUUACCGUCAUCAAGGGCGCUGGCCAUGAGUUCAUUCCCCUUCCACAGGGCGAGAACGCUACUACGGCCGACUUCCACUCUAUCCGAACCAAGACCGAAUCCCCGGCCCACUUUACGUCUGGAUUUUAUAAGAUCGAGGCUGGGCCUCAAAGACCCGCGCAUUAUACGUUCGAGGAGACGAAAUAUGUUCUGAGUGGUCAGAUCGACGUGUUGGACGAAGCCACGGGAAUCACUCACCACCUGGUUCCUGGUGAUUUUGCUUUCUUCCAUGUUGGAUCCAAGGUCAAGUUCUCAACUAAGUCUCAAGGGUUUGCCUUUUACGCGGUGACUCGGCCGGUCCGAACCCCCCACCCCAACCUUCAAGGCCGGGAGGAAGACAAGGCAAGAUUGUGA